AUGACAAAAGGGUUCCGAACGACUUGCAACACUCUAGACCAGUCAGCAGCACCAGCGCACAGUGGAGACAUAAAGUUGUUCCCGGUUGGCUGUGUGUGAAACGCUUUAGCUAGCCACAUCGCGUGAGAGAUUGAGCCUGUAUGGAAGCAAUCUACAGGACCAGAUCAUUUUUUAUUAUGCUGCAUUUGUUGCAUGUUUUCGUGCGAGUGUCACUUUUGUUGUGCAAACCCAAAUAAAUCUCUGCCUGUCAUUGAACAAGUAACUGCAUACACUUGUGCCAAAGCUACCGCAGCCAUGGCUUCGUUAAGAGUGUUGGCGCUGGCAUGCCUUCCGCUCUUCGCAGUGCUCCAUGCGGACGCCAAGACAUUGCUGGGGAAAGUCAAAAGAGCAACAGGGAUGGGAGUGGGAGAAGGUCCUUCAGUUGCCAAAAAGCCGAAAUACACAGCGACGGUCCCAGGAUUCACUCCACCGUCUGGCGAUCAGCGGAUGAAUGAAUUCAUGGCUGUGGACACAUCAGGGGAAUUCAUGCGUCAUCUCUACAUCGAAGAAGGGCGCACAGUGUGUGCUAGUGCCACCUCCCGCAAUAGAAGACCGACGAGCGAGAGCCCCCACAGCGAUGAUGUGGUGGUCGUCGAAGGAAUGCUCCGGGGAAGACCAGAAACGCGAGUACAUGCCAUGUUCGACGGAUUCCAGGGACGCCACAGUGCUAUGUGGCUCGCGCAGAAUGUGAUGAACUAUCUCAACGAUCUGAGAGAUGUCAACGAAGAGGAGAUUACUCGGCAGUUCGAGAGAAUGGAUGGAGACUUAAGAGCAGCGAAUCUCCCUGGCGGGUCGUCAGCUCUAAUCAUUUUUGUACGGUAUGAAAAAAAACCGACUGAGGCCCGGGUGGUCGGUAGGCAGAUAGUACCGGAAGGUGCCAAGGAGUUCACGUCAGUCGCUGAGGCGCUAGGAGGUCCGCUCAUGCCAGUGGUAGCCAUGAACUUCAGGCGCGAUCCCAGAGCUGCCAAGGGGAUCUAUACCAUACAUGUCGCUAGCUUAGGCAACUCUCGUUGUGUACUUAAGUCUGGCAGAACUGCGAUUCACUUGUCGACUCCUCACACUGCCUCGUCUCAUAAGGAAAGACACCGCGUCCAGGCAGCAGGAGGGGUAUUCACUACAGUCAAUGGCGAGCUUUUGCUAGGCGGAGUUGUCCCUAUGACGAGGGCAUUCGGCAGUUUUGACUUCAAGAAAGGAGGACAAGGGAAACUUCAACAGGAUUUGGUGUCUGCAGUUCCAGACGUAACGACGUUUUUUGCAUAUCCUGGUGACGAUAUCGUCGCGGGUACUGCAGGCGCAUUCGCUCAUUUCAGAUCACAUGCGGCAAUAGCGGCUGCGAUCGCUCUCUACCCGGUCAGUCCAGAAACAGUUCUUGACGCAGCAAAAGCAAUGGUGGUGAAUGCAAAAAGGAGGAAGGUAACCAAAAACAUCAGCACCUUCGUAAGGCAUCUCCCCGAGUCACGCACAAGGAGUCAAAAGAUGCUGGAGGGCACCUCCGGAGAGAAUGGCGAAGAAGACUUCUCGAUCGACAGGACAAACGAGCUUACACAGGCGCUUCAGGCGGGAUUUUUUUCCUUCUUAUUGUAUUAUCCAUGAUUCAUUUGGCAUCGGACUUUCACAUAUUUGCAUUUUCCAAAAGCUGCUUGGCAACAUCCGAAUCAUUGCCCGGCCACACACAGGUGGAGCCGGUGUGUCACAGCGUGGGGAACAGCAGCACCGUGUUCAGGUGAGAAAGACAGGCGCCUCAUACUCACCAUAAAAUCCAGUCCGAUGAAGGAUUCGGAGGUACUAUGUGAGGAACGAGGCUACAGACAUGUGAUGUUCCAUCUUGAGGAUCUGUAUGUGCAUUCAAUGUAUUUAGAUAUCAGUGACCUACGGUGGUCACGGAUCGUUUAGGGUUCCCUACGCACUCUCGCGAAGACGGUUCGCCUAGAUUCGACAAACAGUGGGCGCCAUUACUGUGUUUUGUCUAUCCGUUGAUCCACUGCCUGACUAACACUCCACAGUAGGAGAUAUUUGGGACUUGCAACCCUCAACAUUUCACGUUGCUGACUGUUGGCUUGUAAGGGGACAAGUCCUUCGCAGUGUGUAACUUUUGGUGUUUUUUUUAACUCGAUCUUAGUGAACUGGGCUCUAGCGGUGUCAGCCAGUGUGUGUAGGACCACCUUUGCACCCACAGCUGGUGUCGUUGCCUGUGGAGAGGAGACCAGUAUUUGUUUUGUUCACGUCCGGAUUCUCUUCCGGCGCAUGAGACGGUUAUUCUGCCUCAAAAGUUGCAAGUCACAAUCUCACAGAUAAUGACACCGGAGAUGUCCGUUUUAACUGUCGCUUGACUCGUCUACACUUGUGUGAUGUCACGAGGCACACUGUAGAACGGCGGUUCAGUACAACUGUUGUUGGUUCGCUACUCCGUAACACGGAGUAGCAACCUCUCGAAGUGUGGGUUUGCGAGCUACUCUGGUUUUUAAAGCUACUCUAGGCAUAUUAACUCGCCGUGAUGGCGAAGAGGCUCUUCUCUAAACUCUGGUUUGCCCCACAGGACUGCAUGUGGGGCUGUGAAGCACCCGCGUUACUGCUGAGCAAUCAUAUAGUGAACCGUGGGGCUAUGGCUGCAGGUAUUGAGGUUAAGCGACUUCGACUCGUGAAACCGAAACGACGCAACAGGUUGCUCACGGACGGAGAAACAUCUCCAUGUGCUUCCUGUGAUGGACUAAUCGCGUCCCUACACUCACUGCAGGUCCAUCGUCCACCGUGGUUUUUGCAAGAUAGCGUGAACUUCAACUGACUGACAACGAGCUUUUCACCGGUGGAUCCAGACGCUAAUCAAAACUGUGACCACUGCGCGACACUUAUUGCCGUUUUCCUCUAGUGGGUAUCGAGUCUACUCGCCCGCCUAGUUGACAAGCUAAGACGUUUUUGCGAGAUGACCCGAUCCCCGACAGGCAACCGUGGGUGCUCUUUCUUCAGUUUGAUCUGUUUUCGAGUCGUAUCUACGUGUGGCGUUGCACUGCACCACAACCAGUGGCCAGGGCUGUAGACCCAUAAAGCUCAACCGUUGGUUAGAGAAGGGCGUUUACCACCUGUACCCGCCGUAGCGGGGUCCUUCGUCCCCAGUUUAAGGCUC